AUGUCAGAGCCCCAGAGCAACAGCGAAACAAUCGCGACAGCUGAAAGCCUGCAACGCCAUCUUACUUCGCGCCAGAUACAAUUUAUUGCCAUCGGAGGGACGAUAGGAACGGCGCUUUUUGUUUCCAUCGGGUAUGCCCUGAUGCAGGGGGCGGCGAGCCUGCUUUUAGCAUUCACCAUCCAAGCAUGUAUGAUGGCCCUGGUAAAUAACUCGCUCGCCGAGAUGACCAUCUUCAUGCCAGUUAGCGCAGCAUUUGUCCAGCAUGCCAGCACCUGGGUCGACGGUGCCUGGGGUUUCAUGUGCGGCUGGAAUUUUGUCAUAUAUGAGGGACUCUCAAUUCCGUUUGAGAUCACGGCCCUGGACAUGGUCUUAACCUUCUGGCGCAUUGACAUUCCAUCGGCUGCUGUCAUUUCAGCUUGCAUCGUUUUCUAUGCGCUCACGAACGUGUUUGCAGUUAAGUACUUUGGCGAGGCUGAGUUCUGGCUAGCGGGAGGGAAGCUCCUGCUCAUUAUCAUUCUCUUCCUCUUCACCGCUAUUACCAUGGUGGGAGGUAAUCCACAACAUGAUGCAUAUGGGUUUCGAAACUGGUCCAAACCGAGGCCCUUUGUCGAGUAUAUCUCCACGGGUAACCUGGGUCGUUUUCAGGGCUUCCUGGCCGCGUUAUGGCAGGCCACGUUCACCAUUGUUGGUCCCGAAUAUCUGGCUUGCGUGGCUGGAGAAACACAACGACCCCGGACGGCUUUGAAGACUGCUUUCAAGUCCGUCUAUUUGAGGUUUGGCAUUUUCUUCAUCGGAGGUGCCCUCUGCACCGGUAUUAUCCUUCCUGCAAAUGACCCAACCCUCUUGCGAGUGCUGGCUGCUGGUGAUACGAGCACUGGUGCAGCAUCACCCUAUGUAAUGGCCAUGACCAACAUGAAGAUUGAGGUAUUGCCGCAUCUAAUCAAUGCGCUCCUUCUGACCAGCAUGUUCUCGGCGGGCAAUGCCUACGUCUACACCGCGUCUCGGAGCUUGCACGGGCUUGCUAUGAAGGGGCAAGCACCCAAGCUCUUCCGGAAGUGCACCGGAGACGGAGUGCCGAUUUACUGUGUGGCGGUGUCGCUAGGAAUUGCAUGUUUGUCGUACUUGAAAUUGGGUAGUGGGUCCGUGCAGGUUCUGAAUUGGCUCACGGGCUUGAUCAUUGGCGGAACUUUCGUGACGUACAUCGCAAUGUGUGUCAACUAUCUUUUCUUUCAUCGGGCCUUGAAAGCGCAGGGGUUUCAACGUGCUAAGCUCCCAUACCGUGGAUAUUUCCAACCCUAUGGAACCUGGAUUGCUCUGAUUUGGCUCGUGGUAGUGGAGAUCUUCUAUGGCUAUGCGGUAUUCUUGCGUGGACACUGGGAUGCCGGAACGUUCUUCUGCGAUUACACAAUGGCAUUUCUCGCCAUCUUCACCUUCACUGGGUGGAAGAUCUCCAAGCGAACACGGUCUGUUCAUCCGCAGGAGGCGGAUUUGGUAUGGAUCCGUCCUGCCGUUGAUGCUCAGCAGGCCGCCAUGGGGAAGGAAGAAGAUUUGGGUGUGCUUAGACACCGCUUUUCUUCUUAUCUAUGCGCUUCCUGGCCCUUGUAG